AUGGAGGCAGGGAGGCCAGGAGGAGCCAGUGUGGCCAUCCUGGUGCCGGUGGCUGCUACGCUGGAGGUGGCCACAGCCAAGCAGUCACAGCGUCAAGAGAUACUGUGGCGGGAAGUUGAAGAACCGCCAAGAUAUUUGCUGAAGUUUGAACAAAUUUAUCUCUCCAAGCCUUCUUACUGGGAAAGAGAUGGUGCUCCUUCAUCACUGAUGCCAAAUGAGGCCAGAUUACAAAAUCUCACGUAUUCUGCUCCACUUUAUGUUGAUAUAACAAAAACAGUCAUUAAAAAAGGUGAAGAACAACUUCAGACUCAGCAUCAGAAAACUUGUAUAGGAAAAAUUCCAAUUAUGUUGCGUUCAACUUAUUGCCUAUUGAAUGGCUUAACAGAUCGUGAUCUUUGUGAGUUAAAUGAAUGCCCCUUGGACCCUGGUGGCUAUUUCAUUAUUAAUGGAUUAGAAAAGGUUCUAAUUGCACAAGAAAAAAUGGCAACGAACACAGUCUAUGUGUUUGCCAAAAAGGAUUCUAAAUAUGCCUACACAGGAGAGUGUAGAUCAUGUCUGGAGAAUUCUUCCCGACCCACCAGUACUAUUUGGGUUAGCAUGCUGGCAAGAGGAGGACAGGGUGCAAAAAAGAGUGCUAUUGGUCAGCGCAUUGUGGCAACUCUACCAUAUAUCAAGCAAGAAGUUCCCAUUAUUAUUGUGUUCAGAGCAUUAGGUUUCAUGUCUGAAGAUAUUUUAGAGCAUAUUACUUAUGAUUUUGAAGAUCCAGAGAUGAUGGAAAUGGUUAAACCUUCUCUUGAUGAAGCUUUUGUCAUCCAAGAACAGAAUGUUGCACUAAAUUUCAUUGGCUCAAGAGGGGCAAAGCCUGGUGUCACUAAAGAGAAAAGAAUUAAAUAUGCAAAAGAAGUCUUACAGAAAGAAAUGCUCCCUCACGUUGGUGUCAGUGAUUUUUGUGAGACCAAAAAAGCUUAUUUCUUGGGGUAUAUGGUGCAUAGGUUACUUCUAGCAGCUUUGGGUAGAAGAGAAUUAGAUGACAGAGAUCACUAGGGAAACAAAAGAUUGGAUCUUGCUGGACCACUACUUGCAUUCUUAUUUAGAGGCCUGUUUAAGAAUUUGCUUAAAGAAGUACGGAUCUAUGCACAGAAAUUUAUUGAUCGAGGAAAGGAUUUUAACUUGGAGUUGGCAAUUAAAACAAGGAUUAUAUCUGAUGGCCUAAAAUACUCUUUAGCUACUGGAAACUGGGGUGACCAAAGGAAAGCUCAUCAAGCCAGAGCUGGAGUAUCUCAGGUGCUAAACCGCCUGACAUUUGCAUCUACUCUUUCUCACCUGCAUCGUUUAAAUUCUCCAAUCGGUAGAGACGGCAAGCUGGCAAAGCCGAGACAGUUGCAUAAUACAUCGUGGGGAAUGGUGUGUCCUGCUGAGACUCCAGAGGGCCAUGCUGUAGGACUUGUGAAGAACUUAGCCCUGAUGGCUUAUAUUUCAGUUGGAUCACAACCUUCUCCAAUUCUGGAAUUUUUAGAAGAAUGGAGUAUGGAAAAUUUAGAAGAAAUUUCUCCUGCAGCUAUUGCUGACGCAACCAAGAUUUUUGUUAACGGCUGCUGGGUUGGAAUACAUAAAGAUCCCGAACAACUUAUGAACACUCUAAGGAAAUUGCGGCGUCAGAUGGACAUCAUUGUGUCUGAAGUUUCUAUGAUCAGAGAUAUUCGAGAGAGGGAGAUUCGGAUCUAUACAGAUGCCGGUCGUAUUUGUAGACCACUUCUGAUUGUGGAAAAACAAAAGCUUCUGUUGAAGAAGAGACAUAUUGAUCAAUUGAAAGAGAGAGAAUAUAACAACCACAGUUGGCAGGAUCUUGUGGCCAGUGGGGUAGUGGAAUAUAUUGAUACUCUAGAAGAAGAAACAGUGAUUCUGGCAAUGACUCCAAAUGAUUUACAAUAGAAAGAAGUAGCUUAUUGUUCCACAUAUACAUACUGUGAGAUUCACCCAUCAAUGAUUUUCUGUGUCUGUGCAUCUAUUAUUCCAUUUCCUGAUCAUAACCAGUCCCCUAGAAACACAUACCAGUCUGCUAUGGGUAAGCAGGCCAUGGGAGUUUAUAUCACCAACUUUCACAUCCGUAUGGAUACAUUGGCCCAUGUUCUCUACUAUCCUCAAAAACCACUUGUGACUACACAGUCUAUGGAAUAUUUGCGAUUUAGAGAGUUGCCAGCAGGUAUCAAUUCAAUUGUGGCCAUUGCAUCAUACACUGGCUACAAUCAAGAAGACUCCAUUAUCAUGAAUCGUUCAGCGGUAGACCGAGGCUUUUUCAGGUCUGUUUUCUAUCGAUCAUACAAAGAACAGGAGUCUUAUGACAAGCUGGAUGAUGAUGGUCUGAUAGCUCCCGGGGUCCGUGUAUCGGGAGAUGAUGUUAUUAUAGGCAAAACAGUCACCCUGCCUGAAAAUGAAGAUGAGCUGGAGAGCACUAACAGACGCUAUGCCAAGAGAGACUGUAGCACUUUUCUCAGGACUAGUGAGACAGGCAUUGUGGACCAGGUUAUGGUAACUCUCAACCAGGAAGGAUAUAAAUUUUGUAAAAUAAGGGUCCGCUCUGUUAGAAUUCCACAGAUUAGAGACAAAUUUGCCAGUCGACAUGGUCAAAAGGGUACUUGUGGUAUUCAGUAUAGACAAGAGGAUAUGCCUUUCACCUGCGAAGGAAUCACCCCUGAUAUCAUCAUAAAUCCCCAUGCCAUCCCCUCUCGUAUGACAAUUGGUCACUUGAUUGAAUGUCUUCAAGGGAAGGUGUCAGCUAUCAAAGGCGAAAUUGGUGAUGCCACUCCAUUUAACGAUGCCGUUAAUGUGCAGAAGAUUUCUCACCUUUUGUCCGAUUAUGGCUACCAUCUAACAGGAAAUGAGGUCUUGUACAAUGGAUUCACUGGCAGAAAAAUCACAUCACAGAUUUUCAUCGGCCCCACUUACUACCAGCGUUUGAAGCACAUGGUGGAUGACAAGAUCCAUUCCCGUGCUAGGGGGCCUAUUCAGAUCCUUAACAGACAGCCCAUGGAGGGUAGAUCCCGGGAUGGUGGCCUGCGUUUUGGUGAAAUGGAACGAGACUGUCAGAUUGCCCAUGGGGCAGCCCAGUUCUUAAGGGAAAGACUGUUUGAGGCAUCAGAUCCAUAUCAGGUUCAUGUUUGCAAUCUUUGUGGAAUAAUGGCGAUUGCUAACACCAGGACCCAUAUGUAUGAAUGCAGGGGCUGUCGGAAUAAAACCCAGAUUUCUUUGGGUCAAAUGCCUUAUGCGUGCAAACUGUUGUUUCAAGAUCUUAUGUCGAGUAUUGCACCUCGAAUGAUGAGAGUUUAGCUCUUUUAAAAAUUCUCAACAAGACUCUUAUCAAUGCCUUUUGUGUCUUAUUUUAAUGAUAUGGCUUUUUAAAAUAACAAAUAAAUGUGUUACAUUGUGA